CGGAGAGCGCACGGAGGCUAUGGGCAUGCGCGCGUCGCCCGCCAGGAGCAGAAGCAGCUCGCCCUGCAGCAGCUGGAGGAGUGCAGGGAGCAGCUGGAUCCCGGCGCGCUGAACGAGGCGCUGAGGAGGUGCCAGGAGCUCGGCGUGCCGUGGGACGAGCUGGAGGGCGAGCGGCAGGAGUUCCUGGCCAGGGCCGGCGCCGCCGCGGAGGAGGCCCUGAGGGGCCUCGCGGGCGUGCGGGACCGCGCGGCUCCCCCGGAGCUGCAGCUCUCGCUGGAGGCCGCCCUGCACCUGGCCCGCGCGCCCGGCCUGGGAGGCAUGGACUGGAAGGUCACCGACGGCGCCACGGUCUGCACCGCGGAGACGGGCGCCCGGUUCUCCAAGCUGGUGGAGUCCCUGUGGCACUCGAAGACCUGCAGCGUGCUCGACGAGCUCGGCGGCGGCCUCCGGUGGUGCCGCCCCAGGGCUGGCCUGCCCGCCGCCUCGGAGACCGUGGCCUCGGGCAACCUCGGGUACACGCAGCUGCUCUUCACCUGCCACGAGCUCCGGGAGGCCGUGGCUGCCGAGGCGCAGGAGGGGCGGGGCGCCCUGGCCGACAUGGUGGCGCACCCCCUGGCGCUGCUGUGCGCGCUGCUCUACACGCAGCAGGAUGUGGACAUCGACCGCCUCAUGCUGUUUCCGGACACGCCCGCGCUCCAGGUGCUGCAGGGAGGGGCUGCUGACCCGGGAGACGCGUACGAGGCCUACAGGGAGCGUCUCGGCCACGUCGGAGCGCCCCAGCGGAACCCGAUCCUCUUCAGCGAGGCGGCGUGGGCGGCCGGCGCCUGCUGCGGCGCCCUGCGGCCGGAGCCGGCGGGCGGCCCCGCGGGGGAGGCCGGCGGCGAGGGCGCGCCGCGGGCGGAGCCGCAGGCCGAGCAGCGCCUGCGGUCGCUGGUCAAGUGGAUCUGCCUCCUCAGCAGCCUCGCCGCGCGGCCCCUGGGCGAGGUGAGGACCGUGAGCAGGGUCCUGGCGGACGCCCCGAAGGAGCUGCUCCAGGAGCUCGUGCGCCUGAAGCCCGGGAGCGAGGUCUUCUGGCCGUCCCCGCUGAGCACCACGCAGGACUUCGACAUCUCGGAGCGGUACGCCACCGGCACCGUGAGCCCCGUGGCCAACAACGUGCUCUUCACGAUCGGGGGCGUGAGGCAGGGCCUCGACCUGGGCCUGCUGAGCCAGUACCCUGGGGAGGAGGAGCUGCUGCUGCCCGCGUGCUCGCUGCUGCGCGUGGUCGCGGUGAGGUCGCAGGAGGGGCACCCGCUCCGCGUGGACUGCGAGUACGCGGGCACGAUGCUGAGCGACGACCUGCUGCGGGCCGCCUGGGACGACCUCCGGGAGGCCUCCUGGGACCUGACGCAGAGGGCCAGCCAGGACCUGCCCGCGGCGAAGCUGCAGCCCCCCCCGCCGGCCUCGCCGCCGGGCGCGGGCCGGGCGGGGCCGCCCGGGGGCGGCGGGCCCUUCGUGGUGGCGACGUGCGCGAACUUCAGGGGUCGACCGCAAGCCGCGGCGCCACGGGCGUGCAGCCCGGGGAGCUCUGGCAGGCCCCGGCCCACGGCGGGCUGCGACGAGAAGAGCGUGCAGUCGCUGCUGGCCACGUUCGAGGCGAUGGACCGCCGGGGCGUGUACGCCGUGAGCCGCGAGGACUUCCUGUGGUCCCAGAAGGCGCUCGCGGUCGGCCACGACUUCCAGCGCGUCGCGCGCAAUGCGAGCGUCACGAGCCACUUCUUCACGAGCAAGGCGGACCUCACGCUGAGCCGGUUCCUCCACCUGUCGCUUCCCCGGGCCUCCGAG